UUCAACUCAAAAAAUGAACCUGUAUGUGUUUGUGUAUAACACUGUAUAUAAUAACUCUACUAAAAAUCAACUUUAAUUAUUUUUUUUCUUUUCAUUACCUAAAUUUUGUCCCACUAUUAUUGAAAUUUUUGUUUAAACGUUAUGCAAAUCAAAAAAUACUCUCCAGGCCUAAUUAUAAGUCCAUCUAAACAAUCAACUUCAAUGUUCAAUUCUAAUCUUCAACAUCUGUUUUUCCUUAUAUCCUGUUCAACUUGUUCUUGGUUACUUUGGAUUGACUGACUUUAUUACUCUUCUCCUCUUAUAUUUAUAUUGUUUUAAUACGAUUGGAAUUUAUUUAAUUUGCUAGCAAAUUUAUUAUUCUUCAUCGAUUUUUGACUAAAAAUGUCUCAUUCUCGUAACUCAAAUUCAGUUCAAAGUCAAACUGAGCUAACUGACGAGGAUUCCGAUGAUGAUGGUGAACAAACCUAUCCUAGAGGAAGGAUUGGUGCAGCACCAAACUAUAAGUAUGGCCAGGGUAAAGUGAAUAAUAAUAAAAACUGUGGUGAUGAUAAUGAUGACAGUGACCAUGAUGGUCAAACUGACUCUUCAUCUGAUGCGGAAGUGUCAUCAAUAGAUUCGGAGUUAGAUUCAUUCGAUUCUGAAGAUAUAGACUUGGAUGAAGAUAAUAAUGCUGAGGAUGAUGGUACAAAUGAUGAAUGUCAAUCAGAUGAUGAAUCUAACUGUGAAUUAUGUUCCCAAGCAAAGGCUAAAAGAAAUAAUUCUAAUGUUGACCAAACAGAAUAUGCAUCAAAUGGGUCAGCAUCAUCAACCUCCACUAAAGCAUCAAAAUUAAACACCAGAGAGAUUACCAAAGUAAAUACUAAAUCAUUUGGUAUGAAAAAUGUGCGAAGUAAUCAAGUGCAAUCUUAUAUACGUGAUUCUACCAAUAAUGUCAAUUUGUAUCCGGUUAAACAUUGGAUGGUCAUUAAUAAAACUGUAUUCGUACGGUGGACAAAUGGACUAUACUAUUUAGGUGUCAUUGAAAAAAUAGAAGAUGACAGAGGAUUAUGUUUAAUUCGAUAUGAAGAUGAUUCGCGAUAUUGGACCCAUUUUAAAGAUAUUCAUACCCAAUUAUCAGCCAAUACGAUUCUCUCUGAUUCAGAUAUAAUCUGCAGUGAGUGUCGUGACGGUUCCUCUAAGUCACCCAAUGAGAUAGUCAUUUGUGAUGUGUGCAAUCAAGGUUAUCAUCAACUAUGCCAUAAACCUCAAAUACCUGAUUCCGUAUUAGAACCUGAUGCUCCAUGGACAUGUCGAACCUGCUUAUAUGCCCUUGGAGCUCGAGAAGGGGGAGCAGAAAGGGAUACUGCAGUUGGUGAAGCCAUGAAAUUAACAAAGACUGUUUUUCAUUAUGAUUUGUCAUCAUUAACUUGGAAUGAUGCACAUCAAUCAAAUAGAGAAAACAUUUAUUGUUAUUGUGGUGGUCCUGGAAGGUAUCAUUCACGAAUGCUUCAAUGCCAUAAAUGUCUCCAAUGGUUCCAUGAAGCCUGUAUUCAAGUAAUCGACUCACCUUUUCUAUAUGGAGAUCAUUUUUAUCAAUUCACUUGUGGUGUUUGCAAUAAAGGAGAAGAAAUCGUUGAAAGACUUUCCAUGCGUUGGAGUGAUCUUGUUGCCAUUGUGUUAAAUAAUCUAACUCUUAGGCAUCGUAAACGAUUUUUUGAUCUUUCCUCUGAAAUUGUUCCCUUCGUCAUUCAGAAUAACUCAAAAUUUAAAACCAAAGGAUAUAACCUGGUAAAAAUGAGUGAAGAUGAUCUGUCUCAAAAGAUUCUCUCCGUUUUGAUUAAGUACAAGAAAAAAUUUAUUUGUGAUCGUGAUCGAGAGAAAUUGACUCAUUGGGCAUUACGAGCUCCUUGGCCGUUUCCUAAACCAUUAUUCUUUGCUCCUAAAUCAUAUUGGUCAAAUUGUGAUAAACUGAAAAAUCAGACCAACAACAACAAUCACCCACAGUCAAUCAGUAACUCUGCUCGAUCAAGGUCUCCCCCAGCGUUUCCUCUAAUUUAUGGAGCUUGUCGGAAAGGUGCCGCCAUUUAUCCUAAGCCAGCAAGUAUGAGACAUCUAGUGAGACAUAAAGAGAGGAAAAGAUCUCGUCGAAAAUCUCAGGAGAAAAGAAAAUCAAAAUGUUUACCCGGCACUAGUAAUAGUAGUAAUGAUUCAAAUGAUAAAAUAUCUUCACAUAAUUUUAGCAUUGAUUCUACAAAGGAGAUUAUUGGAUCGUCCUCGUCAAGUCUACCAGAUAAAGAGAUAAAUGUUGACAGUGAUAAAAAUAAAGAGCAUUUAAGGACAAAAAUCAAAAUAACGACUAAUCACCAUCGACGGAUAAAAAUACCACGCUCUGAGUUAAGAGGUCAUUUAUCAUCUGAUGUCGAUUUUAUGAAUGACGGUUCAUCUCACCAAAAUGUUGAUACUGAUAAUGAUGGAGAUGAUGGCAAUCGUGACACUGGAACUGAUGAUGCUUGCCUAGAGGAAGUAAUACCAUUGCCUGAAAACUUUGAGGGACAAAAUAAUCCUUUUUUUGAUAUCAGUGAACAAAGUGAAUCAUCCACCUCUUCAACAUCUAUUGUUAACUCAGCUGAUAAAAGAGCUGUCAGCCAUUCAUCAUCAUCUCGAAUUUCAAAUAACAAUGAAACAUGCAAUUUUAAUAAUCAACAUGAAAGUGGAUAUCAAAUCAUUAGAAGUGGUACUUGCUCUAAAUUAACCUUAAAACGAAUUACGGGAAAUGCACUGGAUAAAGAAUCUCCAAAUAAACAAUUAGCAAAAUCACCUGAAACUGAAACUCCUGUUCGUGUGGACACAGCAAACGAGUCAAGUCCUAGAAAGUGUAUCAUAAAAGCUCAAAGGCUAACAGCUGAUGGAAAAUUAGAGUAUUUACUCGAAUGGGAAUGAUAAAAUUCCCAGAAUUGAAACUAAACUGGAAAUCAAAUACGAAAUAACUUCAUGGGAAAAACAAUGAACUAAUAAUACGACUAUCAUCAUAUCAACAGCCAAAGACUCUUCACUGUUAGUCUUACUAGAAGGCAUCUUUAUGUCUUCUUGAAAGAUCUUGACAAAUGAUUUUAAUUUAAUUUAAAUUCAAUAAUCUCUUUAUUUCUCUUUGUUGAGCUUCAUCUUUGCUCUUUAACUUUAUUUCUUACUGUACCUAACUGUUCGAAGCUGAAUAUGAAUAUGGCUCGUAGAGCUCACAAUGGACCUUAUUCUUACUUGAAUGGACUUUCCUCAUCUUUCUCUUCUGUUGAUACCAACUCAACCUGUCAAAGUGAUUUUGAUCGAGAAUCAAAUGAAUAUAAUGACCAGCAAUAUGGAGAUGUAUCAAAUUGCGAAACGAUAAAAAAUUAUAAUUUGUCCAAAUUUCAUACACAAUUUAUAUUAAGAUAGCAUGUCUUAUUCAGUUCCAAUUAAAUUAUAACCAAACAAAACUUAUUUCUCAAAUCUAUGACUACCCAAUGAAAUCAUUGUAUGCAUAUAUUGAUUAAAUAAAUAAAUGUU